GCCACCGUAUCCGUCUGUAGAAAGCUGAGUAUUUUUGGCUAGGCUAAGCUAGUUAGGAGGUGUUUUCUCACUCAGUUUCAUCUGGUGUGCGCUGCGAAUUCACUUUUUGUCUACGGCAGUGAUGUGUUCACUCUUCUGUAUACACUUACUGGCUUGCAGAUAACGUUGGCAGCAAUCACACCGCCGUUUAUAAGUAUAAAGUAGUUAGCAGUAGCAGGCAUCGGUGUAGCUACAUGCUAACAUUUCUAGCAGCACACAGAGCUACACACAGACAGGUGAAGCAGGUGAAGGGACACACAUCCGUCUGCUUCAGUUCUAUCCAUAACUGAGGAGAGCAGCGAUGUUGUCAGGGAUUGUCAAGUCAGGUCUCACCAAAUACCAGAGGAGCUGGCUGCCCGGUCAGGCUGUGGUCAGGGCCAUGUCGUCUUCAGGCAGAGCCCCUUCUCCUUACACCGCCCUGGCCAUCAGUCACCCAACGGAGUCCGUCACACACGUAGAGCUGCACCGGCCUGAGAAACGCAACGCCAUGAACAGAGCUUUCUGGAGUGAGAUGGUGGACUGCUUUAAUGAGAUUGCAGCGGACCCGGACUGCAGGGUGGUGCUCAUCUCAGGAGCUGGGAAGAUCUUCACAGCUGGGAUCGACCUGAUGGACAUGGCAGGGGACGUACUCCAACCAGAGGGGGACGACAUGGCCAGAAGGUCGUGGAACAUGAAAAGAAUAAUCAGCAAGUACCAGGAGACGUUCAGCGUCAUAGAGAAGUGUCCAAAGCCUGUUGUGGUGGCCAUUCACGGAGCGUGUGUUGGGGGAGGCGUGGACCUGAUCACAGCCUGUGACAUCCGUCUGUGCACGCAGGACGCCUGGUUCCAGGUGAAGGAGGUUGACAUUGGACUUGCAGCAGAUGUUGGAACUCUCCAGAGACUUCCUAAAGUGAUCGGCAGCCGCAGCCUAGUGAACGAGCUGGCUCUGACCGCCAGGAAGAUGUACGCCGAUGAAGCCAAGAGCAGCGGCCUGGUCAGCCGAGUGUUUGCGGAUAAGGAGACGCUGAUGGCAGGAGCUCUGGAGAUGGCGGGGGAGAUCGCCGCUCGCAGCCCUGUGGCCGUGCAGGGCACCAAGAUCAACCUCAUCUACUCCAGAGACCACAGUGUAGCAGAGGGGCUGGACUACAUGGCGAACUGGAACAUGAGCAUGCUUCAGACGGACGAUGUGAUGAAGUCAGCUCAGGCCUCCAUGGAGAAGAAGAGUCCUAAGACGAUAGCUUUCUCUAAACUAUGAACCUCACAGACACACAUUUCUGUUCAUAACACGUACCCUGCCGUUUUACUUCUCCACCGUGGCCUUUCAAGGGAGUUCCACCAGGCUCCACUCUGACCGUCUGAGGGACCAGAGGCUCAAACCCGCUGAGUGCUUGGUUUCCUAAGAUCUGCUAUGGUUUGGACUGUACAAGCCUUUUAAACACCAUUUGGAUAAUGGGAUACUAUUUUUUUAUUCAAACUUAACUAAAGUAAUCGCAUAUUAAAUCAGAGGUCCUUGGUGAAAUCUGUCACACAAGGAUCAUCCCUGCUGUGUAAGAGUAGCAGCCAGUUCUGUAAUCUACUUCAUGAUGUUUUUGUAAGAAACUACUCUUGUAAAAGGUAGUGUUGAUUCAUCUUAUUUCCUGAAAUAUUUCACACAAGGACAAAAAUGGAUUAAAAUAACUUAAAAUUCUUUAUUGACAAUACUUAAAAAAAUAAAUUACAUUUACACCAUGGAACUGAGCAUACAUUCAACGUCGUCACAGAGGCUUCUUGGCACGAAGUUUCUCUAAGGUUUUCUGUGGAAAGAUGAUGGAAAAACAGCCAAAUAAAAAGCUAGUUUGGAGCUUGCAGUUCUGUCACAUCGCCUCAAACAAUUAAACUGCUUUACCUUGUGAAACUC